GGCGGCCGCCGCCGCCAUCGCGCGCGGGGGCCGCGGGACUAUGAAGGAUGGAGGCGGACGAGGUGACCAUCCGCGAGCAGAACUUCCACAGCCAAGUGCGCGAGUACACGAUUUGUUUUCUCCUGUUUGCUGUUCUCUACAUAGUUUCCUACUUCAUAAUCACAAGAUACAAAAGAAAAGCAGAUGAACAAGAGGACGAAGACGCCAUUGUUAACAGAAUUUCGCUGUUCUUGAGCACCUUCACUCUAGCAGUUUCCGCUGGUGCAGUCCUGCUUCUGCCCUUCUCAAUAAUCAGCAAUGAGAUCCUGCUCUCUUUUCCACAAAACUACUAUAUUCAGUGGUUAAAUGGCUCACUAAUUCAUGGCCUGUGGAAUCUUGCUUCUCUUUUUUCCAAUUUAUGUUUGUUUGUGUUGAUGCCCUUUGCCUUUUUCUUUCUGGAAUCGGAAGGAUUCGCUGGCUUAAAAAAGGGGAUCAGAGCACGUAUUUUGGAAACUCUUGUAAUGCUCAUUCUUCUUGCACUGCUUAUCCUUGGAAUCGUAUGGGUUGCUUCAGCUCUCAUAGACAAUGAUGCUGCCAGUAUGGAGUCUUUGUAUGAUCUCUGGGAAUUCUACCUCCCAUAUUUAUAUUCUUGUAUAUCGCUGAUGGGAUGCUUGUUACUUUUGUUGUGCACUCCCGUGGGCCUUUCGCGGAUGUUUACAGUAAUGGGCCAGUUGCUGGUGAAGCCAACAAUCCUUGAAGACCUGGAUGAGCAGAUGUACAUCAUCACUUUAGAGGAAGCAGCAAUUCAAAGGAGGCUUAAUGGUAUAUCUUCCACAGUGGAGUAUCAGACAGCAGACUUGGAGCGGGAGCUUGAAAAAGUGAAAAGCAAGAAAACAAAUCUAGAGCGUCGGAAAAAAGCUUCUGCUUGGGAAAGGAAUUUAGUCUAUCCAGCUGUUAUGAUAUUGCUACUGAUUGAGACGUCUAUUUCAGUCUUCUUAGUUGCUCUCAACAUUCUUUACCUGUUGGUUGAUGAGACUGCAAUGCCAAAAGGAUCGGGGGGCCCUGGAAUAGGAAAUGCCUCCCUGUCCACUUUUGGUUUUGUGGGAGCAGCACUUGAAAUCAUUUUGAUUUUCUAUCUUAUGGUAUCUUCUGUCGUCGGCUUCUACAGCCUUCGUUUUUUUGAAAAUUUCACCCCCAGGAAGGAUGACACAACUAUGACAAAGAUCAUUGGGAACUGUGUGUCCAUCCUGGUGCUGAGCUCCGCGUUGCCAGUCAUGUCACGAACGCUGGGAAUUACCAGAUUUGAUCUUCUUGGAGACUUUGGGAGGUUUAACUGGCUGGGGAACUUCUAUAUCGUGUUGUCUUACAACUUGCUUUUUGCUAUCGUGACGACGUUAUGUCUGGUCAGAAAGUUCACCUCUGCUGUCCGAGAGGAGCUCCUGAAGGCCAUAGGAUUAGAUAAACUUCAUCUAUCAAACAAUCCAAGAGACUCGGAGGCAAAGCCCUCUGCAAACGGGCAUCAGAAAUCACUGUGAUGAACAAUCAUCUGCACUCAACAGAGCUGAAGACACCAACCUCACGUGGCAUUCCCGUCAUCUCAUCAACCUUUCUGUCUUGAUUUGACUUGGUGAUAGUGUGGGUCCAACCUUGUCUCCUCUUUGGACGCUGUUGGGCUUCUGAGGCAGUUGGCUGUAGCAGCUCCCCCUUUCCCCAGUUACCUUGUGGUCUGUUUGUUGAUUUUUCCAGUAAGUUCAUGCAGGAGGUGCCUUGAAGACUGGAAGCUGAAGAGAAAAAUGCAUUCCUUUUUAUUUUUUUUGACAGUUUCAUAUCUUUAGGGAUUAACUUGCUACCAUUUAAGUGCACGGUACCUCCUGUUGUAAUACAGAAACAGCUAUAAAGACUUGAGUUUAAGAAAAAUAAUGCACUUGAAGUCCAGUAUGACCCUUACUGGAAAUGUGAACUACCCAGAGCAGGUCCCCUUGGCAGCAAGUGGACAGUUCCCCUAAGAACUGUUGCAAAACCAAAGUAACUGGUGGAGGUGCCAGUUCCCUUGGUGAAGGACUCAGCAAGUUGCUCGUAGUCAAGCAUGAAGCUUCCUUGGAAGUCAAGUAUGAAGCUUCUGGUGUCUGCAGCUUCCAGUUCUUAGCCCUGAACGGCCCUUGUUUCCCUGUAGUCAGACAGUGUCCUCUCGAGCAGAGUGACCCACGGGAUGAAGAUUAAACUUCAGUGUUAAAUCUGAGCCUGGCUUUGUAAAAAGCUGCGUAGCCCCCUAGUCGCAGCCUGUGUGGUUUUGUGAGCCGUGGAGGUUGGUGCCCUUCCAGGGACACCCCAGCCCUCAGAGAUGCCCGUCAGCUUCUGCCUAGCAGCAGUGCUUGGAGUCAAUGCAAGCAGCGUAGGCCUAGGAGGCUGCAAUUGCACAGGUGUUUUUUUUUUACAACCUUUUCAUUUGAAGUAAGUUAUUUCUCUGAAUUUAUACUAUAGUUACCGGGACUUCUGUUCUGUGGCAUAACCCAGUAUCUUUCACCAGUCUGUUUUGUAAUGUAUAGCCAUGAACAUGUGUAUAGGGCUGUGUGUGUAGGUAGCGUAAAUUAAAUUCUAAGCUUGUAGAACUGACGUAGGUUGCUUGGUGAGUACCACUCACGUGUUCCACCUGGGUAGUAUAAAUUCCUGCAAUAUUCCAAGUCAGCUGCUCUGAGGCUGAGCUUCAGGAUGGCCUCAGUGGGUGGUAAAGCCCCUUUCUUAAUGUUCCUGCAGCUUUAGGAGAUCUCUGAGCUGUCUGUGAAUCCCAGACACCACCAGCAAUCCAAGGCACCAUCCAAAGGGUGUUUUCCCUUCCCUUUCUUCUGCUGCGAGUCACGGUCAGGCAGCUGCAACGGGGGCGACGCCGGGAGCUGCCGCCACGCGGGGCCCGCUCGGCCUCCCGCCCCGGCUGAGCCCUGAGCUCUUGCACUGAACCCGCCACGUGUGACGGGUGGUGUCCCCAGUGGGGCUCUGCAGGGAGAGAAGCCGCCUCAGAACCUGCCGGGCUCUUUCUCUGCACAGCCACACGGGGCUGUAGCCCUUGUUGCCGGCUGGAUGUGACACGUGUGUGUGUUGGGCGUGCGGUUGUUGCUGCUGCUGUUGUCUCCUGUUUGGCCUGGAGCGUCUCACGGAGCAGCUCCGCUCUACGUGAGGCUUCCCUGGCUUUCGGGGGCCCCUUUCUGACUGGAACCGGAGUGUUAAUGUAAAUACUGCUGUAGUAACGUGCCGGAGAGCUGCCCGUUGUUGUGUGGCAUUAGCAUCAAUUCAAGGCUAAUUAAAUUGACUCUUGGUGUGUUGUACUGAGUCCCAAAGACCUAAAGUAAAGUUGUUCAAUUUCACUAAGAUACACAGGCAUCUCUUAAGUUGUUUGAAUUUAAUGCUGAAAUUUUGGACAGAAAUCUCUUUUUUUUUCUGAAUCAGAGUUCCCCAGCAAAGAACAGGGAGCUAUAAUUUAAAAGUGUUUUCUUUUUUUUCUUUUUGUGUCUAUUUACAUUUAAAACAUGAGGACAUUUGUUAGGGGCAUCAUUCAGGUAUUCAGAGCUUGGAGCCUUAUGUGCUAACAUUGCAGUGAAAAAUAAGAGAAAUGUUGAAAAAUAAGAGAAAUGUCCCCACUUGUCCAUGCAGGUGAGAGUAGGACUAAAAUUCUCCUAGUUUCUUACCAGGGCUGCUGAGCUGCAGUGUGUAAGGAGGCCAGUUCUUAUUAAAGGCUUUCUGUUAGGAGCUCAGUGCACCUUGGACUUAAAGGGUUUCAGGAGGAAAUGUGGAGAUGGGAGCCAGCCCGAGUGCCCUCUCUGCUCAUUCCCAGUAGCCAGCGAUGGGACUGUUGGGAUUGAGGUUUUCCUUGGCAUCAGUAAUCCAGGAACACAUGAUCCCAAGUGGAGCAAAGACCCUUCCUGCUGAGAAGCAUGGAGGUUAAGGGGGACUUUAAAGCUGAUUUAUUUUGGGGGAGCAGGGGAGCUGUGCCUCCUAUGGACUCUGUGGUCAGAUCCAUGGGUUGAGUGAAGAUUUUACACUGAGAUGCAGAGGCUGGUUGAGAUUCUGUGGCUCCUGAGGUGGAUUCGUCUGCAGGGAGGUCCAGGACUCCCCCGUGCUGACACUGACAGUGUUUUAGCUCAGCUGUUGUGACACCGCUGAGGCCACGACGUGUUUGGCCUGGAAAUGGCACUGCUCCUGCGAGGCUCCUUGCAGACACGGCUGCUUGCAGACAGUCUCAGUGUCCGAUACCCGUCACUAUAUCUUUUUCACAGAUACAUUCACUUAAAUGCAAGCAACUGGUAAUUCCUUAAUGGAUAUUAACAGCACAUUCCGAGUAGUUUUGACUCCUGUAGAGUCGGGUGGUCUGUACCUUCCAGGUGUGUACAGCUGAGCUUAGGAACAUCGACACCUGCCUCACUUCUUAUGAGGUCCGAGCUCACGAAAGCUCCAUCUUCAAGCAGGUACCACACAGCAGGCCAAGAAAAUGUAAACUUUUAAGUAGCUAUUUGGGGCUGUGUUUUGUGUUCAUAGUUCAGUACAGUGGCAGAGUUGUAGUAUUGUGGGGGUUUUAAAUCUAAAGCCCCCCCUUCAAAACUUGAGCUUAAGAAUGAAAGGCUUGGGUGGCUGGGUGAGUUUUUGGCCUUCGUAGUGAGCUUUGUUUCCUGUGUGUGACAUGAGGCUUCUGCUCGGCCCUGUUUUCCCACCUCUUCUGCAGCGCCUGUUCCACAGCGUCCCAGAAAUUAAAGGAUUUGUGGAGACCUUUUCUGUGUUCGGUUGCCGAGUGGCCCUUGCUGCGGAGCCAGAGGGAAGGACCCGCUUCCUCCCACCUCCCUGGGGCUGUGGGUGCCGGGGCUGCCCAGGCCCCAUGGGGCAGCCCUUGGCUUCAAGGAGCCCCAUGAGAAAAGGGUGGCCAGGGGGAGGACCCGGCUGCUUCCUGAGUGGCCACCCAAGGAGCCCAUUUUCCUCCUGGACCCCUCUGUGAGAGGAGGCGGAGGGACCCAGCCCAUCCCUGCAGCUCGGCCGGUGCUUAGUGGAGUCCGGGCAGCCUCUGGAAUUGUGGAAUAGCAAAUUCAGGAGGAGGAGAGCCAAGUCCUGGCGCUUUACAUAUACUUGGAUGGUUUUACAAGUCUCUCUCACCUAGGGAAAGUCACCCUAGUGGGGGCGACACGUUAAGGGUAAUUGCACAGCCAGGGUAAGGCGGGAAUGCUUUGGGUUCCGUUUGAUCAAACAAGUGCCGAUCUGAACUGUGAGCCUUUGAGGGCAGUGAGAUCCUCUACCCACUGCUGCUAAUAUCCUGAAUAAUGUGCUGGCCUUGGAAAGGAUGCAUCCAAAGCUGCAGAGACCCUGCAGAUGCCUCUAAAGGUGCAAAUGCAUUUGCAGCGCCCUCCAGGAGCUUAUACGUUUGGUUCCCGAGUAUUGAAUUCACUGCAGGCACCUUGGCGGGUACCUUCUGUGGCAUUAAAGCCACGUGAGGCUCCCAGCAAAGCCCCUGUCCCUCCCACGCUGCAGGGCAGCCCCAGGCCCUGGCUGCUGUUUGAUGUCCUCACGGAUCCGUCCCCUGCGAGAGCUUCCCGUCCCAUCCGCAGGGCCCUCCUCGAUUGGCCUGUUGGGUUUUAACAGUAAAGGUGACAACGUCUGUCACACGGGAAGGGGAAAAGGCCGGGAGGGAGGUGACCUGGAAUGCGACUCCCAGGGCCCCCUGGAGCCGCCUCGUCCCUUGGAGGGGCAAGAAGUCAAGUCGGCCACUUGCCAAGUGCAGACAGGGAGAGGCCCUGGCUCGAAGGGCCCUGAUCUUGCUGCCACUUCUGCUUGCUACCACUGAAACUCCAUUUUUGUGAAAGGAAAUACCUUAAAUGGGUUUUUAUUUUAAGCUCCUGAAAUUUGGGAGCUGGUGGAACAUCCUUUUUUCUAAAUUUGGCCUUAAUUCCUUAGCACGGGUGCCUUGGCUCGCUUUCCUCCAUCACGUUGCCGAGCCAUUUACCGGCUUGCUCCGUGGCAUCGCUGUUGGGAAUGAAGUGACUCCAGAACGAGAGACCCUGAAUAGAGCGGUGACAGCGCCCACUGGCACGAAGCUUAAAUAGGAGGUUGUCUCCUUAUUUUUCUGAGAUGCUUCAGUGGUGAAACACUCCAAACCGUUGCUUCAGAAAGAAGAAAUGUAUGGAAAUCAACAGCUUGUUAUCCAGAAAACCCAGGACUUCUGUACUGGAGAGACCUCAUGACUUUUUACGAUGCCGAUUUUGUGGUUCGUGGGGUAACAGUGCCCUGAUUCCUGCUUCAUAGAGGCCUCUGAAGUUGUGAAUGUAGCUCUGCUUUGCCAACGGAAACCUGGGCACAUUUGCUAGUUCUCUAUUAAUUAUUGUAUUUUUCUAAGUAAAUUUCUACUUCAUUGCUAAAACAUACACUUUAUAUCCCUGGCUUUGAAUGUGUAACAAACACAGCAGCUGGCUCCAGGCAGGCACAGUGAGAGCAAUGUAAUCAUUUUAUCCUGUAAAGGAUGAUAAUUCUGGAAUUGUUAAAUCCAACCUCCUUAAGAGCUGUACCAACAGGUCUUUCAGACCUUUCCAGGCCAAGGCUGCGCUCAGGGAAUCCCAGGUUUCAGAGGCUCUGGCUGUCCCAGUCUUCAUCUAAUCCUGACAUUUUGCUGCUCCCCUUCUGGCCCUCGUCCUUCUCUCUGUUGCUGUAAAAUGACGGUAAGAAUCAUAAGAAAAAGCAGUGUGACGGUGGCACCUGCCCUGUGAACUGCAGGGAUACCUUGAGCUCCCUCAGGAAAAGGCUCUUGGUGCUCCAUGACCUCUUCCUCAUGGAUGUUCCCACUUUGGCUUUGUUACUGAGCCGCCCCGUGGUGGAACCACCACCUCCCAAGCUCCUGACCAGCUCCGUAACAGAGGGUCGAGUUGAGCCCCUCUUUCCUGUUCCAAAAGUUAUGUGGCCUCUUACUGCUCUGAGAAAGGGGGCAGGAAAGGAUGUUUAAGUCAUGGAUUGGAAGUCUUUAACGUGUCAGAAAAUACAUUAGACACAGCAAAAGAAUGGUGCUGAGUACUAAUAUGGGAAAGCAGAGAGGCUUAAUGGGGAUGGGGCCGCGGAGAAGACAGAGGGUCUGUGUGCAGGGAACUGCUGGGAGCUGCACAGGGUCAUUCCACAAACCCCGUGGCCAGUGAGUGUUGGUGUCACCAGCCACCGCCUGGCCUGCACUGCAGCUUGGCCUGCACUGCAGCUAGUUACUUUUCUAGACUUGAGCUUUUAGAAAUAAUUGCGCACAAUCUUAACCUUGUUUGAGGCUGCACGACGCAGUUAGGCCUCUGCCCUUGGCCUGGUUUGUGCUCCAGGGUCUCUAGGAGCUGGCAGCGUGUUUAUUUUGCUUCACGUGAAUGUACCUUGGAGGAGGGUAAAACACGACUGAGAAUUCCC